AUGGCUAAUUACGGACCUUCAUACGGAUCUUUAGCUGAAAAUCAAGCAAAGAUUGCUGGUAAACGUAGUACAGAUCUCGAUCGAGAGGCUCAAGAAUGGAUCGAGGCUGUCAUUGGGGAGAAAUUUCCAAAUCUUCCGUAUGACGAUGCACUUAAAGAUGGGAUUCUACUCUGCAAAUUGAUAAACAAACUCCAGCCGGGUUCUGUUGCAAAGAUUUGUACAUCUGGUGGUGGCUUUAAAUUACGUGAAAAUGUUUCUGCAUUUCAAAAUGCUGCUCGUGCUUAUGGUUUACCUGAUGCUGAACUUUUUCAAACAGUUGAUCUUUUCGAGAAACGAAAUAUUCCUCAAGUAACACAAUGUAUUCAUGCACUUGGUCGAUAUGCACAAAAGAAGAAGUUCAACGGACCGACCCUCGGCCCUAAAAUGUCUGAUGGCAACCAACGUCAGUUUACUGAAGAACAACUACGUGCUGGACAAGGUAUGGUCGGCUUACUUAACGACGAAACAAAGAUUCACGUUUUAAAAAAUAAGACACUACAUUUCUUUCUCUUNUCUGAUGGCAACCAACGUCAGUUUACUGAAGAACAACUACGUGCUGGACAAGGUAUGGUCGGCUUACUUAACGACGGUAUGAACAAAGGUGCAAGUCAAUCUGGCCAAAAUUUUGGUUUAACACGUCAUAUUUAA